AUGUCACUGGCACCGUAUCCUACCCCGUCUCCUCACUUAUACCCGUCACCUCGUUAUGUCAACAUCGACGCGGCUUCCCAGUAUAGCCGGCGCAAAACAUCGUUGACAAAGUCCCUUCAAACCUUUGCAAAGAAUGCAUUUCAUCGCAGACAUCGUCAUACAAACACUGGGGAUUCAAGCCACAGCACCACGCCAGCAACGUCGUUCACAAGCAGUUGGUGUUCCACGAGCCCUGGAGUAUCACAGUCGAGGUCCGAAGAGGUUAUGGAGCGCGUAACGCCCGCGCUGCGAAAGCUAUCAUUAACAUUGGGGCGAACUUCACAGGACCAAAUUCAAACGCCAAAAGAAAUAGCGGGAUCAAUUCAGGCGGGACAAAAGCCCCGUUUGGGCAGAAGAGAUGGGAGCAUGGUCCUCCAGAAACCACCAGCACCUGUAAAUUCAUGCAUUUCUUAUGAAGAGAACGGAUCUGAGCGAGGUCAGGCAAACGGAGGGCAACAAAGAAGCGUGCAGAAUGCCACUGCAAAGGAUGGAAGGGCACCUUCUCAGGUGUCACGAAUUCCGUUGCCUAGUCCCCAACCCGACGGAUACUCCAGAAGACAUACGAAUGCAGGGCUUGUGUUACCGAAGUCGACCACAUUCUCUUCGCUGAGUACUUUAAAGCAGGGAUCUCUAUCUCGCAGCCAAUCACUAUUAUCAAAAAGUAAUAAGGUUUCAUGCAGACAGCCCGAGCUGCUGCACCAACAACAAAUGGGGGCAACGGCACAGAAAUUAGAGACAGCACAUACAGCAAUCGCCAACAAACCGUCGCCUGAGUCAUUCGGGCCACGGCAAUAUCUUACCCCCCAACAACAUUCACAUGUGAUUCUAAAAGGUAGUUCGUUGACAAAAAGUCAGACAACCAUAAACUUGACGUCAUAUGCUAGACCUGAUGGCUUUUUUGAGCCAGCUGAAAGUUUCAUUAAUCACUAUCAGAGGAUACCCCAUAGCAAGCACAAUAUAGUUAACGAUUGCGGCCACAAUGGAUCGCCGCGGGGUCUAAGAAAUUACUAUAACCCACCAAAUGCUGGCGUCAAGGAUGUCCAUUGCUCAAAUGCACAGAAGCCAGGGAGCCUGAAAGAGCAGAGCCCAAUGGAACUCCCCUCUCCGUGUUCACCACCCGAGAGUGACGGCGAUAUCAGGAAAGUCACCACUGCCAAACCCCGCCAGUACUGGUUAGGGCGCUUCUCUACGCUCACCAAUGGUUUCCACUACGAAGAUUCCUUUAAACAAGAAUCAGACGUUGUCACAGGCUUUGAUGCCUCCGAACCAUACUACAUCAGCUCAUCAUCCACGGCAACUUUGGACGAUCAACGAGCCAAACGAGCGUUCGUAUUUCUCGAAAACGCCUGCACGACUGCAGAGGCACGACGAAGCUUUCUGGAGUUUAGAUAUGAGUAUUCGAGACGCUGUGGCGAUCGGUGGUCGAAGUGGUUUGCUGCUGAUCAGAAUGAUACAUGUAAAAAGAGAUACGGCGGCAGCACGUCGGACUUAAGUGAUGGGACAUUAAUUUCUGUGGGCGAGAUUACCGAUAUGGAACGGAAGAGCAAUAAUAAUGGCGCUCCGGGAGGCAGGGGGGCAGAGAUUGGGGGGAUUGGUCUGAUGAAUAUGUUUAGGACGGUUCGGAGGAGUUUGGUUUGA